CUCCCACAGCCGGCCGGCAGCGGAGGGGCUGGGCCGUGUCCGUUCCUGCCGGUGGCGGGGAACGGGGAGACACGCCCUUGCUUGGGGCGACUGGGGGCAAGAUGCGGGCUGGGACGGGUAGGUGGGCUUUGCCCUGCCAGAAACGGACUUUCUGCCUCCGAGCGGCGCGGGCUUCCACGCUCCGUGCGGCUGCUACACACCCUCUUUUGUCUGCUCUCCGCUCCGAGGGCACAAUAUAGAACUAUGAUAGCAACCGGAGGAGUCAUAACAGGACUAGCUGCCUUAAAAAGGCAAGACUCCGCAAGAUCUCAGCAACAUGUAAAUCUUUCUACAGCUCCAGCUACUGAGGAGAAGAAACCAGUUAGAUGCCGGCCUAGGGCAGAUGUAGUUAUUGUCAGGGGCAAAAUCCGUCUCUAUUCUCCAUCGGGAUUCUUCCUUGUUUUGGGAGUGCUUAUUGCAUUCUUUGGAAUUGCAAUGGCCAUCCUUGGAUACUGGCCCCAAAAGGAACAGCUUCUAGGAUCUGAAGAUAAUCUCUCUGUAAAUGAAACCCAAGUCCUGAGAAGCCAAGGAAGCAUUUUACUUCGUUUCUUUGAGCAGCAUGUGCACUCGGAUAAGAUGAAAAUGCUGGGCCCUUUUACUAUGGGCAUUGGAAUCUUCAUUUUUAUUUGCGCAAAUGCCAUUCUGCAUGAAAACCGUGACAAGGAGACAAAAAUCAUACACAUGAGAGACAUAUACUCCACUGUAAUAGACAUCCACACACUGAGGAUCAAGGAACAAAAGCAGCUGAGUGGUGCCUUCACUGGCUUUUUGGGGGAAGGAGAACUUGGGCACAGCGGGAGCUUGUGUGCUUCACGGCUGGCUGCGAACACAGUUGCACCUUUCUCUGGCUUCAAGAGUAAUUUUAGAAUGGAUAGUUCUGCUGAAGAAGAUGAGACUACCUUAAAUGAGGACAGGACCACUGGUAGCCUCCUGCCACCUCUGCUGACUGAGCAAUCUGGUUCAGUCUUUGGACUUUACCCUCACUCCAGCAAGGCUUCAGAUGACAAAAACAUUGGCUCUAUAAAGUGUGAAACAAAAUCCAUUGUAUCAUCUUCCAUUAGUGCUUUCACACUGCCAGUAAUUAAACUGAAUAACUGUGUUAUUGAUGAACCCAAUAUAGACAACAUAACUGAGGACUCGGAGAUCACUAGGAGUCGGUCUCGAAAUCUGUCGAUGGAUUCUCUGGCUAUUCCACUAACUGAUACCAAUGAAUCCUGUAGACCUGCCUCUACCAUGCUGCCAAGACACAAUUCUUUUGGGGACAGUCCAUCUGAUCAGUUCAAAUCUUCUAUGACUCUUGGACCAAGCACAGGAAAGCUUUUAUCUCCUGGUGCUGCCAGGAAACAGUUUGGGUCCAACACAUCUUUGCAUCUUCUGUCUUCACAUUCAAAGUCCCUGGACUUGGACAGGGGUCCGUCUAUGCUCACUGUCCAAGCUGAACAAAGGAAGCACCCUAGCUGGCCCAGACUGGAUCGGAGCAACAGUAAAGGAUAUAUGAAACUAGAAAACAAAGAGGACCCAAUGGAUAGGUUACUUGUGCCACAAGCGGCAGUCAAGAAAGACUUUACUAAUAAGGAAAAACUUCUUAUGAUAUCAAGAUCUCAUAAUAAUUUGAGUUUUGAACAUGAUGAGUUUUUGAGUAACAACCUGAAGAGAGGAACUUCUGAAACAAGAUUUUAAUAUUGAAAUUGCAAUUUAGAAGAUGUCACACAGUAUUUUUUAAAAAAACAUGUUGACAAGUGUUUCCUUUUCAGUGACACUAGUACUAGCCUGUUUUUAACCAAAUGCUUAAUAUAGUCCAUCAAAACUGGUUUGUGUUAACAGAGAUCUUCAUCUUUCUCAUGCCAGGUUUUUUUGUCUUAGUAACAUACAGCUGCAAUACUGUACAUUAUCAAUUGCUCACAGAGUUUCGAUAGAACCGAUUCUAAUUUUCCCUGAGUCAUUAUUCCUUUUGUUCUAUAUAAGCAUGCUAUCUUUUAUCAAUUGACUCCAGAAGUCUGCAUUAGGAAAACAGCUCCAUUUACCUGUAAGUUCUAUCUAUUUAAUAGCUGCAGGAGUCUGAAAACAGUGCUUGCAGUCUAGAAUGGGAAGUGAACAGGAGCACACCCUGGAAUUGUCAAAUCCAGGCCUAUAUCCUAGGUGUUGUCUUUUACAUAUGGUACAUCUCAGUAACUGCAGUCUUGCCAUUGUCAUCGUGAGAAACUUGUUUACAUAUUGGGAUGGGUGGAUAAAAAAGAGUGGGUAUAAUUAAAAGCAUUUCUGUAAAUUCAUUGUAAUUGGUCGAGUUGAAUACCAGUGUUGUGAAUUAUUAACUAUGCUUUGUACAGUAAUCUUUCUACAUCCAUUGUAAUUUAAUCUUGUAAUUCUGGGAAAACAUAUAUAAAGUAAGAAAUCUGAAAAUUCUUCUGGGAUUAGUUAUCUAACACACUUUGAUUGGCAGCAGUUUUAAAAUAAAAAUAUACAUAUUCAAUUAAAAUUAUAGGAACAUGAUGAAUGCCAGCAGGAUUUUAGAAACAUAGUGUAUAAUAAGAUUAUAUUGUGACAUGCAUCUGAAGAGAAUAAUGGAAAAUGAAUAUAUUGCCUCUCAUUACAAUAGUGAGAAGUUAAAUAGCUAGAUCUCUGUGUUCAAAAUACUGAUACAAAGCAUACAGUUCAAUAUGUAUACUAACAUAGUAUGAAAGACCUUUGCCUAAAUUUUGAUUUCUGUAUUUCACAUAAUUAUUGGUGUGAUGGUUCACUGAAGGUUUAGCUCUGGUAAUUUGCAUUACAAGAUUUUGCAAAAGGAAGUGACAUUUAAAACAAUGUUUUUCUCAGCAAACCAAGCUUCACAGUUGACAGUUGUAUUACUAAAGAAAAUGAAAAUUUGAAUGUGCAUACCAGAAGGUUUUCAUGUAUUUCACUAAGGUAUUUAGUCCACAAUCCUGCCACGACAGCCAUGCUAGAGAAUGUCACUUCAAGUGACAUUUGUUGCAAGGCUCACCUAACAGGAUGUUGAUCUUAAUUGGUUGGUUUUUUUACUUAACCUAAAUACUCAGGAAUUCUUUUUAAUGGCUUUUCCCAAAAAGAAUAAAACCUGUUAAAAUGUUGUUCUUCAUUUACUUUGAUUAUGGAAGAUCAAAGAUGAAAAUACCCUCUCUUUUUUUUAAUAUCAAACCCCAUAUUUCAGCUGCGUGAUGUUUAUGUAUCAGGAGCAUUACUUGCUCAGUGAAUUGAGGCAUUGUGUUAACUGUUAGAACCUCAAGCCUAUAUAUUGUAACAGAGUUGGCUAAAUAUUUUGCUAUGAAGCUUUUAAUAACUUUCUGGUUUGUGUUCUUAAGACAUUUGCUAUUUUUUGAAAUAAAAUGUCUAUCUACAUA